AUGGCGGGGGUCCACGUUGGCACCACGCCAACCUGGAGGGACGUUGGAUCAGCGGCGAGAACAUCGUGCAGUGGGGCACCUUCGUCGAGGUUUAUAGACUUUCGGGUAACCAGCUCGGGCAACAGAUUUAGCAGUGCCACGCACGGCGCGUCUUGCGUUGCCAACACCCCAGCAAGAGUGUGCAAGGGACACGUCAAGAAAUCGUUCUUGUCCGGAAUCAAGCAUCCGCUUGAAUGCGGCAACCGCGGUGGACGAGGGUCAGAUUGGGAUACCAAAAACACCAGCAAUUUUGUGUGCCAGCACCACAUUUGCGCAAACUGCAAAGACUUGGCGCAAGCGGCUUCGCACAAGCGGCGACAGAAGGACGCACACCAACCACUGAUUGAGACCGACGCACCAGCACUACUCUUCGUCGGAGCGUGUGACGCCGUGGCAGGCCUACGAGGUCAUGAGCGUAUACCGGAGGGUCCGCAGCACUUCCUUGAUGACCUUGGCGCUGAUAGCGUCCUCACAGUCAUCGAAAACCAAGUCACUGAAGCUCGUGCUGGCGGUAUGUAUGCUCCGCCAGAUCAGGUUGACGUUGAGCUCCCCUCCUACUACUCAAAGCUACGCUUCCCGCAGCAUGAGGCAUACGUGUGGAAGUCGGAGUACUGGCUCUAG